AUGGCAGCUACAGUCACGGCACCCAGUCCCCAGGACCUCCCCGAGGAAGUUCGUGCAAUCCAAGGCUUCAUUCCCCAGCCCAUGCUGGGCUGGCUUCGCCAAACUCCCGCGGACACGCCAGUGGAGGAGAUUCGCCGCCGGCUGUUCGAGGACGAGUACGUCUUUGUGAAGGGUCUCCUGCCUCGCGACGAUGUGCUCAGGACGCGCGAGCACUACUUCUCGCAAUUCGAGUCCUUGAAGCUGUUAAAGCCCGGUACCGCAGCAGUCGAGGGCAUCUACAACUCGGCUGAAGAUCCUGCACUGCACAAUGGUAUCGGCGGUGGAGAGCCCACAGGGAACGACGAACUGCAGCGGCUUGUCGAGGCGCACGUCCAGCAGCCGUAUCUGGACUUCGUUGCCCAUGCAAAACUGCGUGGCAUGGUCCGCGAUCUCAUGCAAUGGGAGGAGGAGGUCCUGGUCAAGAGGACCAUGCUGCGUCACAACAUCCCUGGCGGGCAAAGCACCGGUGUCCAUUAUGACAAGCUCUUCCUUCGAGGCGGGGAUGCCUUCUUCCUUACAGCGUGGGUGCCGAUUGGUGACAUCAGGCCGCAGGGCGGCGGGUUGGUUUACCUAGAGGAGAGCACGAGGCUAGGGAAGGCCAUUGAGGACGACUUCUACGCCCGCGCGCAGAACUUCACCCUCGAGGAGAAGAUCUCGGCGUUUAACCGCAACAUGACCGCGACCGGCGUCCUGUCGAUGGACCCGAUGGUGUUUCAGCGAGACAAUGAGCAUUUGUCCCAGAAGACGAGGUUUCGCUGGCUCGUGGCCGACUACGAGGCCGGUGAUGUGGUCUUCCAUUUACCGUACACCAUCCACACCGCUGCUGCCAAUGACGAUCCUGGUGGCCGUAUCCGGCUGAGCACCGACUUGCGGUUCUACAGCAAGAAAGAUGUUGACGCGGGGGCGACGGAUGAGAGGUGGAAUAAAUACUGGACACCUGGUGACGGACUUUAG